AUGGAGGCGGCCAGUCGAGUCGACAUCACCUCCCUCAAGCCAAUAGUUCGGGCCUAUGCUUUAGGAUAUGUCACCGUCACCGGCCCAAGGCUAUUGGACUUUCUGAGAACACUGAGAAAGCAGGAUCGAUCCGCUCCGGCAAACGUCGCCCUCGUAUUUGCAAUUCUCAAGACCUCGACUCAGAUCAACCGCUUCCCUACCGCAGCUGCUAUCACCGUCGGAGGUGCAACUCUCCUGCCUCGUCUUGCAGAAGGCUUCCUCCAAUGGCUUGUUACUAUUAUCACCAAGAAUAAGCACAUACGACUCAACAGCGGCCAUUACGCUAGGCUCCGUUUCCUUUGUUCAUUCCUCUCAGCAUGGCUGGCGUUUGACCUCCUAAAUCGGGACGAGGCUUGGGCGCGGAAACAGGCCAACUCCGUCUCUGCUGCAACGGCCGAUGUUAGCAAAGCUGGUUUACCAAAUCAACACCAUCUACCCCCGCCGUCGUACCACCUUCGUUAUGCUGGUAAGACCAUUGACUUUACCUUGUUUGCCUUCUGUCGGGCUCUGGACAUUGCCGUCAUCACCGCAUGGACUCGAACACGUUCCAAGCCAUGGCACCCAGAACAGCGAUAUCCAGCUAUGGCUCGACUGAUUCGCAACGCUGUUGACCCCUGGAUAUUUGCCACGUCGGCUGCCAUCAUCAUGUGGUCAUGGUUUUAUUCUCCCCACCGAUUACCCCGUGCAUACAACAGCUGGAUCUCCAAGGCAGCUGAUAUCGAUGGCCGCCUCAUUCAAGCCCUUCGAUUGGCUCGUCAAGGUGAUUUUGUCUAUGGCCGAGAUACUGGACAAGCACCACUUCUCGCUGGUCUUUGCCGCGAACUCGGGUUGCCUGAGGUAUACGGAGACCCCGCAAAGACCAUCCCCAUACCAUGUGAACUGUAUCACUGCGGAACCGGCAAGAGCUGUGAAGUCCACGGGAUUUCGAGGUUCUGGCGAAGCUGGAAAUUUGCAAUGGAGGUAUAUGUUCCAUUGCAAGUUCUGUCCCGGAUGCGGUCCCCCAGCAAACAGUCGGCCUUGGCCGGCCUGAUAUCCGCCACGAGAUCGUCGUCUUUUCUGGCAGCGUUCGUCGCCCUAUUUUACUAUUCAGUGUGUCUUGCACGUACCAGGCUUGGUCCAAGGCUUUUUUCGUACAAGACCGUGACGCCGCAAAUGUGGGAUUCUGGCUUGUGUGUUUUGGCAGGUUGUCUUGCGUGCGGUUGGUCGAUUCUUCUGGAGAGACCCAGCCGGAGACAGGAGAUUGCCUUCUUUGUCGCGCCCAGGGCAAUGGCAACGGUCCUUCCUCGUGUGUACGAUAGGCGAUACAUCCGCCGAGAGCAAGCCGUCUUCGCCACCAGUGUUGCUUUGGUCCUGACCACACUGCAGACGGGCAAUAGAAGUAGCGUCAGAGGCGUGCUUGGGAGAAUUCUGGGGGGCAUAUUGAAGGAGUGA